UUGAUAGUAUCAGUUCAAUUCUGCUGAAAGGUAAACCCCAACAUUUAUCAGCAUUAAUAGCCAGGUGAGUGACCAGACUUGUUCUAUUUUGCAAAGUCAUUUAUCUGGAGAGGCAGAAAUUAACCUUUGAGCGGAUUUUAUCUACGACUCCUCCAAUGAGGAAAGGGUUACUAGCGUGUUGCUAAACUAUAAAGAUUUAGCUGCCAAGAACUGUCCUCAAAGAGGAAUCCGAAACAAGAGGCCCAGAGCAGGGAAAAAACUCAUCCGCUGCCCAGGAAAGCUGAAAACACCAUGGAAGAAUUCACCGGUGGAGAGGUUUACCAGAAAAAAUUCGACCCUCAGGCCUAUCUGGAAUUUUUCAAGUUGGAAAGCGACAGUUUGGGAAACGAGGCCGUUACUUUUUACCUGGAAUGCUUUUGCAAGACAUUCACUCCAGAUUUCCUGAAAGGAGACACUUUGAUCGAUCUAGGCAGUGGCCCCUGCAUCUUCCAAUUCAUGUCAGCUUGCGAGUCCUUUGAGAACAUCAUUGCCUCUGACUACGUUGAUGGAAACCUCCAGGAGAUAGAAAAAUGGUGGAAGAACAAACCCGGAGCUUUUGAUUGGAGUUCUAUAGGGAUGUAUGUAUGCCAGCUGGAAGGAAACAGAACGAAGUGGCCCGAGAAGGAGGCCAAGCUCCGAAGAACCAUCCAGCAGGUCCUGAAGUGCGACGUCAACCAACAGAACCCAAUGGCCCCCCUCCGCUUGCCCUUGGUGGACUGUGUCCUCUCCACCGAAUGCCUGGAGUCCGCCUGCAAAGACCUGGCCAGCUACAAGGCUGCUUUGAGCAACAUCGGCUCCUUGCUGAAACCUGGGGGUCAUUUGGUGCUCAGUGGGCUUUUGGAGAGCACUUUCCUCGUGGUGGGCUCCCAGAAGUUCUCCAUCUUGUUCCUGACGGAGAAAUUCCAGAGGGAAGCCCUGGCAGAAAGUGGCUUUACCAUUAUUCAGUACAAAACACAACGUAGGAUUGAUAAAGAGAUGCUGGAUCUGUGUGAUUUUGCUGCAUUUUAUUUCAUCAUAGCCCAGAAAGGGAAGGGGGACUAAGGCCUUCAAAACAUAUGGGAGAUCCCUUGAAUAUCCUCAAAGUAGUCUGCCAUUGAUUCUUAGUGUGUCACUUGGUCAUUUGGCUGAACAAGGGCAACUUACUUCAUGGAACUGUUGGGGAAAGAAGAUACAAUAAAUCUUUUCUUAUAUAAAAA